CCACCCUGGUUCCCACUCCCUCCAUUAUCCUCAUCCAGUGGCUAUGCACAGCAACAAAACGAGCCCACCAUUUUCUCUCACCUCAACUCUCUCUUUCUCUCUCUCUCCUAGCCCCCACACUCACCCCAUUCUCUGUCCUCAAUGGCCGCUGCCGCCACCACCACCAUCAAACUCCCCACCUCCGCACUCCCCUUCUCAUCCUCACCUAAGUUCCACCACCACCACCCGACCCUCAUACCCAUCAAACGACAAUGCCCAAAACAUGUUCGAAGAAUUGCGUGUAAGGCCACUGAGGUGUCUAAUGUAGAGGGAGGACAAGCCUCGGUGGCCUCGGCCGGGGUUUCGGGUGAUGGCAGGAAUUGGGUACCUGUUGUUCCUUUGGCUGCACUUCCUAGAGGGGAGAGGAGGGUGAUUAUACAAGAUGGGGAGACUAUACUGCUUCUCUGGUAUAAGGAUGAGGUUUUCGCUAUUGAGAAUCGGUCGCCCGCUGAGGGGGCUUAUAGUGAAGGAUUGUUGAAUGCUAGGCUCACUCAGGAGGGUUGUAUUGUUUGCCCAACCACAGAUAGCACAUUUGAUCUGCGAACAGGAGAGGUAAAGGAGUGGUACCCCAAAAAUCCUGUCUUGAGGGCUCUUACACCAUCUUUAAGGUCCCUUUUCAUUUAUCCUGUGAAAACUGACGGGGAGAACAUCUAUAUCAGCAUAGGCGAUGCCAUUGCAUCCGGAGGAUCUGCUGAGAUUGUUUUCAGUGGCAGAGCUCAACCCGGCGUAACUGCAUCAGAUGUCAAUAUUGAAGAGGUGAGAAUGGUAGUUGAUGAGGAAUCGGUUGGUUUUGGUUUCACGGCAAAGAAUGAGUUGAUAAAUGGGAAGGCAGCUAUCAUAGGAUUUCUACUACUUGUCGAUUUUGAACUUUUAACGGGAAAAGGUCUCCUCAAGGGCACUGGUUUCUUGGACUUUAUAUAUUCAGCUUCAAAUGCUAUAAAUUCUUCGUAAUGAUUCUCAGUUCAUGGAUGUGCUUAUGGGAGAAUGUAUCAUGGCAAAAGGUAUAUUCUUUUUUUUUCUUUUUUUUUUAACUUGAAUCAUGUAUUUUAACAGUACUUGGAAAUGUAUACACCAGGAAACUUUUUAUUUCAUAAGAAUUUUCUAUACAUUCAAAACUUUCAGUGAUUUGGUUUGUAUUUGAAUUUUUCUCAGUGUAUAUGUACUAUAAUUCAGAAAAGAUAAGUUUUUACAGUUCA